AUGCCGCACGUUGAACUCGAGUACCCAAAGCAGCCGUACGGCACUGUCAAGCGGUACAGCCCUCGCGCGACCUACGCCCUCUCCACAAUCCACAACAUCAUAAACACCAGCCCGAUCCUACACGUCUCCUUCAACGUCCCAGAAAGCCCCUUCCCGACAAUCCUGCCCAUGCUCGGCCAGAUGGGCUCCUACGCCCGCCCCUCCGCCGACGAGGGCGACGUCCUAGACCUGUACCUCCACGGCUACGUAUCCUCCCGCCUGAUGAACACGUCACGCGACGCCAAAGACGGUUCAUCGCCAGCCGGCCUCCCCGUCUGCGUGGCGGCGAGCCACGUCGACGGCCUGGUCAUGGCCCUCACCCCCAACGCGCACAGCUACAACUACCGCUCGGCCGUCCUCUUCGGCCACGCCGCCCUCGUCGAAGACCCCGCCGAGCGGCUGUACGCCAUGGAGCUCAUCACCAACGGCGUCGUGCCCGGGGCGUGGUCCAACACCAGGGUCCCGCCCAACAAGGCCGAGCUGUCGUCCACCAGCGUGCUGAAGGUGACUGUCGCGACCGGCAGCGCCAAGAUCAGGUCCGGCCCGCCCGCGGACGAGAAGCAUGACAGGGAAGACGCGGGGGUUGCGGAUAGGGUCUGGACUGGCGUCAUUCCGGUGUAUCGCGCUCAUGGAGAGCCGGUUGCUGGGCCGUAUAGUGUCGCGGAGGUUCCCUCGUACAUAACUGAGUAUGUCAAUGAUGCUAACGAAGGUGCCCGAGAGCACGCUGUUGAGACGGCGACGAAAGUCCUGAUUAAGAAGGUGGACUAG